AUGACCAAUAUCGUACCAGCUUGUCUUGGAAACGAAUUAUUCUACGUUCAACAAGCAGUUUCGAACCCGCUGUUGCAUAUUUCAGGCCGCUCUUUACGAGAUGGGAAGAAGCCUUGUGAUGCUCCCAAGUUAGACAUUCUCCUACGACUGAGGGCAGUAGGUAUCUCAUAUGUUAUAGCAAGUUGUCUAUGGUCAUUGACUGAUAUUAAGGGAUUCAAACAUGAUGUUACGUUCGAUGCAACGGUAUUAAAUAGUGAAAGGAUCAGACGGAAUAACGUACUACUGAGUUGCAUCAGAAGUCAUCAGAGUCGUUAUGAGCUCGUUAUGAGCAGUCCGGAAUGUUCAGAGGCGAUAAUGAGAAAAAGUACAAUAAUGGGCCGGAACAAUUUGACAAUAUUGAGCUCAUAUCGAUUCCUUUUCCGGAACGCGAAUCAAAUGGCAGGAAAAAGUACGGUUCAUCGCGAAUGA